UCCACGUGAUCAAUGUUUACGGAAGUAAGCUGCUCUGUCAGCUGCCUAAGAAUCGUGAACAGAAAGUCAGUCAUGUCGGGUGUGUCAUGUGACGUUGAUGUUAAGAUUGUUUAAUGUCUUCAACUACAUGUCUCUCACUCAUCGCCGGGUUUACAGCUCGUGUAGCUUCCUCUAUUAGCAUGUUAGCUAGUAAACUGUAGCAUGAACGUUUGAGACUGAGGCUAACCGUUAGCUGACAUAGCUAACACUGCUGUCGCAGCGCUGCCAACAACACCCCUGGCCCCCAGCUCCUCUCCUGCGGUCAGGGUGGCCUCACUGCCAGCCCCGGUGUAUGUGGACCCUCCAGCAUCAAACGUAUUCGUGGGUAAUUCGCUGCAGUUUGUGGAAACUCUAACGAAAGCUAACUGCUAGCGCGUUAGCCAGACGUUAGCAUCAUGGGAGCCGAGCAGAGCGGAGAAGCGGAGCACAAACACUCGGACUACAGCUCGUCAGUGGUGCCGUCUCCAGCAAAGCAGAAGGCGAAGAUGGAUGAUAUUGUGGUUGUGACCCAGGGGACCCAGUCAUUGCGGAAUAUCCACAAUGACCCAGACGUCAUCAAGCUUCAAGAAAUACCCACAUUUCAGCCACUUUUGAAAGGAGUGCUGAGCGGCCAGACGUCACCCAGCACUGUGAGUCUAGAAAGGCUGGAUAAUGCUCAGGUUCUGCAGCUCUGCAUCCGUUACCAGGACCAUCUACACCAGUGUGCAGAGGCCGUGGCCUUCGACCAGAAUGCCCUGGUCAAGAGGAUAAAAGAGAUGGACCUAUCUGUAGAAACCUUGUUCAGCAUAAUGCAGGAGCGCCAGAAACGCUACGCCAAGUACGCUGAGCAGAUCCAGAAGGUCAACGAGAUGUCCAUGAUCCUGAGACGCAUCCAGAUGGGAAUCGACCAGACGGUGCCUCUGAUGGAGCGCCUAAACAACAUGCUGCCUGAGAGCGAGCGCCUGGAGCCCUUCAGCAUGAGACCCGAUGGGGACGCUGCCACAAAGUAGUGGAAGUGCGGGUCUGUCCAGCUGUAGGGAGAUUAACUCUUUACACGAUUCGAAGUCUUGAUUCAUUCAAGUUAUUUUUUGUUUGUUUUCAUAGUAGAUGAGGAGCUCAGGUGUAAAUGUGGGAGUCUAGUCAGAUGUGUCAUCAUGUUUUGAAAACACAGCAUCCAGCUUACUAAACACACAUUCACACCUGAAUUUGACCACAUCAUUCUGCCACUGGAGCUGCUCUGUUCCUGUGCCCGGACCCUACAAGACGAUGCUCUGGAGGAUUGUUAUUUAUCCCUUCACUGCAAAUUUCUUGUCCAAGGGUUUUCUUUGGUAAUUUAAAGGCAAAGGAGGAACAAACAUGAAAGAGACAGAAACAACUCCUGCAUACGUGUAGCAGGUUUUACAGACUCCAAUGUGGAUGUGAGCUACUAAUAAACAUCUCAAAAUAUUUCGGUCAGCUUUCAAAAUGUACAUCUGAUCUUGCAGUGGUUGGCGAUUUUGGUUUUCAUCUCAUUUCCACUCCCAGUCACUGUUUGAAUAUCCCUUCCAAGCACUGCAUGUAUGCAGACUGACUGCAUUAAAUUCUCUGAUCUGUAUUGGUGUAUCAUGUUGGGUCGUUAAGACGAAGAGACUCCCGGAGAGUACGCAUGAAGAAGGAUUACAGACUUUAGAUUGCACAGAGAGCAUGGAUGUGCUGCACAUAGGAAGGAAAGUGAGAAGCUCCUUCGGCGACAGUUUUCUCAAUGUGACGUCUUGAAGUUCUGUUUUGUCUUUGGUGAAUUUGACUUUAAUUUAUUUGGACUCUUUUGCUCGAGCAGUUGUCUCAAGACCUUUGAAUUUAAACCCCAAAACGUUGGGGAAAAACCGAGCCUUACACUAGAUUCACAGUUUUCAUGCUUGGGACAAACAACAUUGCCAUUCUUCGUGCUAACAUGUCAUGCUAGCUGUCAAUGCUAAGCUAAAGAGAAGUACACAGGAAAUAAAAUCCAUAACCAGAUGAACAUAAAGCAGGUUCA